CCAGCAGGUCAUCACCUGGAGGAAAAAGAAAAUUUGAUUGUUUUCCUUGACUGAAGAAAAGGGAAAUGGCAUUGAUGCUGCUGAGCCGACAUUUAAUGUGUUCACUGCAGCAGAAUUCAAGGAUAUUUGCAGCUGGGCACCGAGGAAUCAGCCAAGCCGCAGCGAAGAUUGAUGUGGAAUUCGACUAUGAUGGGCCGCUUAUGAAGACAGAGGUCCCCGGACCAAGAUCUAGGGAAUUAAUGAAGCAGUUGAAUGGAAUCCAGAACGCAGAAGCUGUGCACUUUUUCUGCAACUAUGAGGAGAGCCGAGGGAAUUACCUAGUCGAUGUUGAUGGGAACCGUAUGCUGGACCUCUACUCCCAGAUUUCCUCCAUCCCUAUAGGAUACAGCCAUCCUUCUCUAAUAAAACUUCUACAGCAACCGCAGAAUCUGAGCACCUUUGUCAACAGACCUGCCCUGGGGAUCUUGCCUCCGGAAAACUUUGCGGAAAAGCUAAAGGAAUCACUGCUGUCGGUGGCUCCUAAGGGCCUCUCACAGGUUAUCACAAUGUCCUGCGGAUCUUGCUCUAAUGAAAAUGCCUUCAAGACCAUCUUCAUGUGGUACAGGAACAAAGAACGAGGACACAACAGUGUUACCAAGGAAGAGCUGGAAACCUGCAUGAUUAACCAGCCCCCAGGUUGUCCCGAAUACAGCAUGCUUUCCUUCAUGGGUGCGUUCCACGGAAGAACCAUGGGUUGCUUGGCCACCACACAUUCUAAAGCCAUUCACAAACUGGACAUCCCUUCCUUUGACUGGCCCAUUGCACCGUUCCCAAGGCUAAAAUACCCGCUGGAGGAGUUUGUGAAGGAGAAUGACCAGGAGGAAGCGCGCUGCUUGGAGGAGGCUCAAAUCAGUCUGAAGAGAUGGAAAUUGGGUUAA